AUGGCUUUGGAAGUUACAGAGAAAAAUGAAUGGAAAAGGUUUCUUGGUGACGCAUGCCAAACAAAUGAGGAUUGUACUGGAACUCCAAACGGCGGAAUUUGUAGAAAUCCAGAAAACUAUGAAUAUAACCAUGGGAAGUGUCAUUGUAAUGAUGGCUUUACGGAGUUUGCAAAUCGAUGUCUACAAGAUUCUGUGGGACUUGGUGACGAAUGUAAACUCAAUGCACAAUGCCUUAACAAUGGACUACUUACCCAUUGUUCUCAAAGAAAGCUUAAAAAUGUUUCUUCCUGUAUGGAUCCAUAUAUAAAAUUUGAUCAACAAUGCAUUUUAGUUGGGAAAUUUCUCCAAGAAUCUUGUUUUCUUGACGAACAAUGCACAGGAACAGAGAAUGCCUUUGAAUGUCAAAGUGGAGCAUGUGGAUGUAAAAAAGGAUACUUUAGAAAGGAUAAUACUUGUAUAGAAGUGAAUAAAAUAGAUUACAAAUCGUUUGUGCUCGGGAGUGGAGGGUUUCUUCUCGGUGUCUUUUCUACAGUGAUCGUUUUUGCAUCUUUUCGUAAAGGAGGGUGUGCAAGGAGAGAAAAUCAAAGAUCUGACAUCCGACUUACCUCAGAUACAAGAAAUGAUGACAACCAGUACUCUUAUGUCGAGCACAGGGACAUCAGAAAUCAAAUCGAACUAUCAUCAUACAAUCCCGAACAUCAAGAUAUCCAAACGAAAAAUGUUACAUACAAUCACCUGCACGAAGAACGACAAAACAUUUCAGAAAACGAUUAUGGCUUUUUUCGUUCAAAAUAAAGGAUUCUCUACCAAAGAGGCACAAAAGUGAUAAAU